UAACUUUUUCAUCAUCUGUUCCACUUUGAUACAUUUAGAACAAAAUUCAAAAUUACACUAUUUCUUUUUUUUGGACCAUAGAUUUGUGACCAUGUCUGUAAAAAUAGUCCAGUACACUUUCCAAGCACAGCAACCGUGGUAUCUCGCCUCAUUUUACAGGGACACAUUGGGAAUGAAAGUCACAUUACUUUGUUAUAUUUUUGCUUUUUGUAGCAUGGAAUACUCUAUUAAAAUUAUUGAUUUUAAAGGUGCUUAGACAUGAGGAAUAUUUCGAUUAUUGCCAGAGCACCAAAUGCGAAGGCUUGGAGCAAGACAGUUUUUGGAUAUUUCCCGGAGCAUAAAUCUUUUACAUUGGAGGUGCAUUGCUGUAUGAACACAGGUCCACCAUUGAAGGAAUAUCAGCUAGUCGGGUUCACUAUCAAGUCAUCAGAAAUAUUGAAACGCGCCAAAGUUUUAGAUGAGCCUAUAUAUCAAAAAAAGCAUAAAUUCAUACUAAAUGAUUCAGAUGGACGUCAAUUUGUGGUCUUGAAGAAAAGAAAAAAGCCAAACAAAGAUCCAUUAGUAAAAAUUACACUAAGAAGCACAAAUCUUAAAAAAACUCUCGAUUACUGGCACUGUCAAUUGGGGAUGUUAAUAUUCAGCAAAAAGAAAAGAUCCGUUGUGGUCGGUUAUAAUGUUAAGGGAGUCAAAUUGAAAUUCGUCUUAGCUACAAAACAAAUCUAUCGAGGAAAGGGUUAUCUAAAAAUAGCUGCACCCCUCUCGUUCAUUCAAAAGUUGGGAGAAGCGAUGAAGACCAGCAACAAUGUUAUAACGAUGCCGCUUACGCACCUUCGUGUCAACAAUUUAGUGGCUGUUAAUUUCAUGCUGCUCUCUGAUCCUGAUGCACAUUUAAUCUGCUUUAUAGACGACAAGGGCUUUGAAAAAAUGGCAGUCGCCAAUCCCAAUGCGAAUAAACUGCUUAAUGCCUACAUUGAUAGACAAAGUCGUAUGAAAAAAUUGGAGAGUUUGUCUGAAGAAAAUUUCCAGAAAGUCCAAGAACAAAACAAGAGCGAUUCCAGUUUUCCAUAAAACAUUAGGCGUCCAUGACAGCCUUAGUAUCAAUUAUAAAUGAAUAAGCUUUAAGAAU